GAUGAUGAUGGGGUAAUGAUGAUGAUGAUGAACACACAGACAGAAACACACACCCAUCCCCCACCCUAACCUGGUAGUUGGAGGAAUAUUUCGAAGGGGUGGUCUUGAGAUGCAAUGUUUUGAGUGGGGAGAGAGAAACGCUGUUGCCGCAACCAUUCUUCCUCCCUCCGGUUCCCACCGCUCUUUCCCUCGUUCCCUUCAAAGUCCACCUAUCGUAGGCGUGGAGAACCUCUCGUGCGUCGCACACCGAGACGGUGCCUGUUGGAGACGCGCUGCAUCCGCUCCACGGGAAGAUGGAGAAACGGCAAGCACAGUUAUCCCAAUGUAGAGAACAAGAAACCAAGGAAAGCUGUCAUUUAUGAUGCAAAUAGUGCUUUACCGUCGAUAGGAACUUAUUUUAGCGAAAGGUGUGCUCUGAUCUGCUGAAGGAACAUGGAUGUGUCUGGGGGCCAUCAGCAGUAUGGAGGAUCUAAGAAGAGGGUGAAAAUCCACCCCAAUUCCAUCACAGUGAAAUACGCCACCCACUUCCCCCAGCCUGGAGACGAGGGUUACGACGAUGCUCCGUCCUUUGAGGACUUUGGGUCGUUUGCAGAGGCCAGCCCUGCCAAAAGACUGGUGUCAGACAGUAGUAGGAGGACUUUCUUUGGCACCAUAGAGACCCCCUGUCCGGGGAAGGGGCCAUUGGGGGGAGGGGUGGAGCCCCAGAGCCGGGACAAGGGGGUCGGGGGGCAGCUGGCUAGCUUCGGGGAGGCCAACGUCCUGGCGUCCCGGGUCACCUGGAUGGCGUUGUUCGGGGCAGCGGUGGCUCACGGCUGCGUUGCUCUGAUCACACGGCUGGCGGCGGACCGCUCCAAAGUGCCGUCCCUGGAGCUGAUCUUCAUCCGGUCUGUGAUCCAGGUCCUGUCCAUCACAGUGGUGUUUUAUAACCAGGAGGAACCCUUCGGCCCGAAGGGGUACCGCCUCCGGCUCUUCUUCUACGGUGUCUGCAACGUCAUCUCCAUCACCUGCGCCUACACCGCCUUCGCCAUCGUGCCGCCCAGCAACGGUACCAUCAUGUGGCGCGCAACCACCACGGUGUUCAGCGGCGUGAUGGCCUUCCUGUUGUUAGACGAGAGGCUGGGCUACACGGACGUGGUGACGGUGGUGGGCAGCGUGUUCGGCCUGUGUCUCGUCAUGAUCCCCAAUGUGGCCGACGAGGAGAAGUCUCGCCUCACCUUCUGGAAGGAGGCGUUCGGCUACACCAUGACGGUGAUGGCCGGCCUCACCGGAGCCCUGUCCAUGAUCGUCUACCGGGCCAUCAAGGAGCGUGUCAGCAUGUGGACAGCCCUGUUCACGUUCGGCUGGACGGGCACGGUGUGGGGCGCCUCCACCAUGUUCGUUAUGCAGGAGCCGAUCAUCCCCCUGGAUGGGGAGACGUGGGGCUACCUCACGGGGAUCUGUAUCUGUUCCACCGUGGCGUUCCUGGGGGUCUACUACGCCUUAAACAAGUUCCACCCCGCCCUGGUGAGCACCGUACAGCACCUGGAGAUAGUGGUGGCCAUGUUGCUUCAGCUCAUGGUGCUGCGCAUGGUCCCCUCCAUCUACGACGUCAUCGGGGGGCUGGUCAUCAUGGCCAGUGUGUUUACUCUAACGGGAGUGAAGCUGUAUAGGGUCAGCCGGGCUGUACGGCAGGACUACCAGGAGAUACUGAACUCACCCAUUAAAUAGAGCCUGGACUCCAUCUCUCUUUCUCUCACUUUCUCCAUCUCUCUCUCUCUCUCUCUCUCUCUCUCUCUCUGUCUUUCUCUCUCCCUGUCUUUCUCUCUCCCUGUCUCUCUCUCUCUGUCUCUCUCUGUCUUUCUC